AUGGUCUUACCGUUUAUUAAUAAAGAGAGACGGACAAAUAUCAAGAAGUUUUACAGGAUCUCGCCAGCCAUAGCUUAUAAAGACCUUGAGCCAGUUCAAAAAGAGAGUAAGUCAAGUUCAGCUCUGAAGGAAAGAAAUAGAGUAGUCUUCUCUGACAAGAAGGCUACAGAUACUAUUUAUAGUACAUAUGAAGAUAGAGCUGCUUUCUCAGCAUCUAGAAAAUUCUUCCACCGCAAUGCAGAUAGUAAAAUAGAUAUAGCCACAACGGCUCGGAAGCCCCUCCAUGAGUCUUUUUCAAUUUAAUAAGAGAGCUUGAGGGCCUUGUUGUAUUAAUACAUCCAUUGUUAAGAAAAAUCAGAGUCGAAAUAGGUUAAAUCUUCUCAAGAAAUCUCAGAUGGGCUACAAAUCAAAGCUGAGUCUGAAUCAUCAGACACAGACAAGUGCGCCAUCAAGAAGUGCUUCCCAACAAGUGUGCUUUUCUAACAGAAAACUCGCGAGCAGAAAUUCUCCUACCGAACGAUACAACCCAAUUUGCAAAGAACACAAAAGGCUUAGUUCGGAGGAAACGAAACUGGUGGGCUCCAAACGGAAGAACCAGACUGCCUCAGAUACAUAUUAUGGGCUAGAUAAUGGCAUAGUUGAAAAUCCUGUAAAGCAAUGUAGUAUAAAUAAGGCCCCUGAGGUUAUCAUAGUUGGAUCCAUCUCAGACUGAGUUAAAUCUAUCCCAGAGUUAUUAAGGAAAUACAAAAAAAAUUAAGGACUCACAGAGUCAAAGAGAUUGUCGAAGAACGAAGGAAGAAAUUGCAUGAUACUUCAAUAAGGGCUUGAUGCCUCGUAUUCCUUCUCUGAAAAGGAACAAGAUGGUUGCAACUAAGGUUCCAACAGUGAGAAUUGAGCAGCUGAAUUCCAGGCAAGAACCUAGAAGGAGAAAACGCAAGCUUUGAAUGCACAAUUCUUUCAUCAAGCAGAAACUUUAUAAGAAUUCAUCAGCUCAAGCUCAAAGUGGGCGCUUGAACCAUGUGAAGUGUAAGGAUAUCAGCGUUAAUGAUCUUUGGCAUUUGCCUAAAUAA